CGCUCUCUGCGUCCCCUCUUUUCGCCCUGCGGCCUCUGAACAGCUCCGCACCUGGUACCAGUAGAGGGGAUCUUGGGCAGAACGGAAAACCAGAGUUGCUCCGCAGAGUCAGUCCAGCGAGUCCAAAAUGACCACCCUUCCCCCACCGACAAUGACGCGUCCAAAGCUUAUGGCUUUAGCCAGACAGAAGCUGCCAUGCUCCGCAAGCACAAUUCCAAGGUCUCAACUGAUUAAAGAAAAAGAGGACAUAGAUCAUUACCUGGAGGUGAAUUUCAAAGGAUUGUCAAAAGAGGAGGUUGCUGCUUACAGGAACUCGUACAAGAAGAACAUCUGUGUGGACAUGCUGCGGGAGGGCUAUCACAAGUCCUUCAGCGAGGUCUUCGCGCUGAUGGAGCAGUGGGACGCCCUGAGGGAGGCUGCGAGAGUGAGGUCUGUCUUCUGGCUGCAGAAGCCUCUGGAGCAGCAGCCCGAUAAACUGGAUUUCCUCUUUCACUACCUAACCAGGGCGGAGGCGGCUGAGAGGAAAGGAUACCAUGAAGAUGUGUACAAUAACUUGUAUGUUCUGGCCUGUUACUUCGAUAAUGCUGAAGACAAGUGGGUAAGGAACCACUUCUAUGAACGAUGUUUUGAGGUUGCGCAACUGAUCAAAUUUGACGGAGGGAAGAAAGAAGCCGAGGCACAAGCACACUUGGGUCUUCUCUACGAGGAAGACGGAGUGCAAGUGAGUUCUCUGAGAAAGUCCUCAGAGGCGCCAUUUUGGGGAGCCAUGGGCAUCAGCACGAGUCAGCUUCUGGAGGCUGCCGAGCAUUAUGAAGCAUUCUAUCAAUUGACGCAGGGGCGGAUAUGGAAGGAUGAGACAGGCCGCUUUCUCAACUUGUUGGCCUGUGAAGGUCUCCUGAGGACGUACAGAUUACUCUCAGACAAAAUGCUGGAAAAUAAAGAAUACAAACAGGCCAUCAAAAUUCUAAUAAAAGCUUCUGAAAUAGCCAAAGAAGGAAGUGAGAAAAAAAUGGAAGGAGAAGCUUCCUAUUACUUGGGCUUAGCAUACCUGGCUGCUGAAGAAUAUGAAACAGCAUUAACAGUCUUCAACACUUACAGUGAAAUCUCCACACACCUGGGUGAUGAUCUCAGCCUGGGCAGAGCCUAUGAAGCCAUAGCCAAGGUCCUGCAAAGCCAAGGAAAAAUGACAGAAGCAAUUAAAUACUUGAAAAAAGUUGUGGAAAUUGCAAGAAACAACUUUCAGAGCUUGGACAUUGUGAGAGCGAGUACAAAGCUUGGGGACAUCUAUAAUGAAAACGGACAGUACAACAAAGCUUCUGCGUAUUUUCAGCAAGCUUUUGACACAACAGUAGAGCUAAUGAACACGUGUCUGAUGGAAGAAACACAAGUUCAUUACGGAAUAGCCAAAGCUCAUCAGAUGAUGCUGGCAAUGAAUAAUUAUAUAGAAUCCCAAGACCUCUCCAGCCUGGACUACUUGCUGUCAUGGAAGGAGUGCAGACGUGACACUGAACUUGAUCUGGUUGUUGGAGCAUCUAGAAGAUCCACAGAAGAAAAUAUAUCUCAAAAUUCAGAACAUUUGGAAAAACCCAACAGAUUUCCAGAUAAUCACAAAGAUGAAACUUAAAGCAGCUUGUGACUCAACAGAAAUGCAAGAAUAAAGUGAUCAUGUCACCAAAGAUGUCAUUCCUAUAGUAGGAUCAGGUGACAAGUAAUGUAGAGUUAUAAUAAAACUGACUAUGACUAUGUUUUUAUCAGAA